AUGGCGAAUAGCGAAGAUGUUAUCGUGCCAGCGGACCUGGAAGAUGACGUUGCUGGGUCAGCAUCGGCGUUGCGCGUGUCGCCAUGGUGCGCGCCGUGGCUGUGGUCGGCGGUUAAGGUGGUGCUGCUCGUGCUGCUCUGGCACACCUUCAGCACGGCGCUCUCCCUUCACCUCUGCUGCCACUCGUGGCUGCCCGCCUCCCCCAUCUCCUGGCGCGACUACUUCGUGCGAGUGGUGCCCACGGCAGUGGCCACAUCGCUUGACAUUGCCCUCUCCAGCUUCUCCCUCGCGCUCGUCACCCGGACCUUCUACUCCAUGUGGCGUGUGGUGCUCCCAGUGGCGGGGGAGACGGAGUUUGAGCUGCUGGGCUUCAUCUUCGUCAUGCUGGCCUCAUUCAUGGCGGGUCUCCGAUGGGUGCUGCUGCAAGUGCUCCUCCAGCCCCAGCUCCACAGUGCCUGUGUGCUGUGCUUGCUCUCCCACACGCCACAAUCCUCCGGUUUCUCACCCUUCCUCGCAUAUUUGCUAUGGUCACGCCAUCCUCAUGCCACUAUCUCCUUUCCAGUCCUCCUAGUUCCCCUUGCCUCCCACCAACCGCAAGUCCGCCCUCCCUCUACCCCAACAGGCCUGACCAACCCGCUGCUCACGUUGCUGCAGUAUCUGGCGCCCGUGAUGGCGCUUGUGUGCGGCAUCUUCUCGCUGCUGCACGAGCCGUGGUCCUCGCUCGCCUCCUUGCCCUACUUUGACACGCUGUCGCGCAACAAGGCACGUGAGUCUGAAGGCCAUCAGGUGCACGCGCUCAGUGAUGAGCUCCUCCCUCACCACCCGGGGGCAGGCCCUCGGACCAACUCUAGCUGUCUUUUGAGUCGACUCAAAAGUCAUCUGAAGGCCAUCGGGUGCAAAAGCUCACUGAUGAGCUCAUCCCUCACCACCCGGGCAGGCCCUCCGAGCAACUUUAGCUGCUGCACCACCCCGCCUCGCUCUACUCGUCCGCCCCCCUAG